AUGGAGGCUGAAGAAGAAGGGAGUAAAAAAGUAUCAGAAGAUGACUUUGAAAACUUACCUACCAGCUAUCACAAUGAAUCCAACACAGAAACCAGAAUUGGUAACAAAACCAUUCAGACUCAUCAGGAAAUUGACAAGGUUAUAGAUAACAAAACUGGAUCAACAGUCUAUUCUGAGACAGUUAUUACAUCUAUAAAAGAUGGAGAGAUCAAAAGGAAUCAUGAGUGCAUCAUUGAUGAAGACUGUGAGACAGGAAAAUAUUGCCAAUUCUCCAGUUUUGAGUAUAAGUGUCAGCCUUGUAAAGCCCAACAUACACAUUGCUCAAGAGAUGUUGAAUGCUGUGGGGACCAACUUUGUGUCUGGGGCGAAUGUAUGAAAGCUGUUUCAAAAGGAGAGAAUGGCACAAUUUGUGAAAAUCAGCAGGAUUGCAAUCCUGGAAUGUGCUGUGCUUUUCAGAAAGACCUUCUGUUUCCUGUGUGCACUCCGUUACCUGCAGCAGGAGAACCUUGUUAUGAUCCUUCAAACAGACUUCUCAACCUGAUCACCUGGGAACUGGAACCAGACGGAGUGCUCGAGCGAUGCCCAUGUGCAAGUGGCUUGAUUUGCCAACCUCAGAGCAGCCAGAACAACAUGCCCACGUGUGAACUGUCCUUCAAUGAAACAAAAAGUAAUGAUAAGGAUGACCCUUUGCUCAUGGAAGAAAUACCUUUUCUUGGUUUCAUGCCCAGAGACUUUCUUGGUGACUAUGAUGACAGCAGCAUCAUUCAGGAAGUGCGUAAAGAAUUAGAAAGCCUGGAAGAAAAUAUUUCUGAACAGACAGACAUAAAGGAGCCAGACUUGGCUCAUAACUUGCUUUUGGGGGAUGAGAUCUAAAAUGAUCAAAACAAAGCAGAUCUGUCACUCUGAGUUCUAGAACCUAAUUUUGUUUAGAGUCUUGCUUGUACAAGCUCUGAACAUGUGCACGCACACUGCUGGAUAGAAGUGCAAUAGAUUUUAAAGGGGUAUCUUCAUGUUCAGUCCCCCAAUGUUGCAUAUUCAGAUUUUUGUUGAAUUCAAUCACACCUUUGGACCAAAUUUUGUGAUAAGUGUUGGGCACAUACCAACAUUAUUUGGAUUACUUUUCCUAAGUAUGCCAAAAUAAAUGUAUCAGUUUUCAUACUCAGUACAGAGAAGGGAGCAUAACAGUGAUUUCCUUGCAUAAUAUAAUUUAAAUUAUUGGUGACCCUGAAGUGAGAGUUUUGUCUGGUUUUUUUUCUGUACAUGUUUGGAAUAGUUUUAUUAUUCUGAGGUGAACAAGAAUCUGUUAUCAGUCUGUUGUUUUUUGGGCAUUUGGUUUUCAGCCAUGUACAGUGUGUUUCAUUUAAUAAUAUAAUCACAGUCAAGUUGCAAUAAAAA